UUCCUAUUUUGCUGCUAUGUUAAAAAAAAAACCUUUCGUCCUCAUUUUUUUGUUUUCCUUUGUAGAAACAAGUCAGGAAAAUUCAAUUUGAUCAAAAACCUUUUCUCUUCCUCUUUCUUCUUCAUAAGAAAACUAAUUGCAUUAGUCUCUCUAAACAUCGUCCGAAGAAGGAAGAGGCUAGGGCAUCCAUUUUCUUUUCUAUACAUAUAUAUAUAUUAAUAUUUAAUUUUACAAGAAACCUUAAAAAAAAAGAGAUCGUGGGCGGCAAAAAUGUCAAUCGGAGGGAGGAGUAAAGUGAAGUUCAUGUGCAGUUUCGGCGGCAAAAUCCUCCCUCGUCCUUCCGACGGCCUUCUCAAAUACGUCGGCGGCGAAACUCGCGUCAUCGCCGUCUCUCCAGACAUCACCUUCCUCGAACUCACCAAGAAGCUCACGGAGAUGACAGAGAACGACAUGGUGCUCAAGUACCAAAUCAUCCCUGAAGAUCUCGACGCGUUGGUCUCCGUAAAGUCGGACGAAGAUCUGAAACACAUGAUGGACGAAUACAACCGUCACCAGGAGACUCCCAAGCUCAGAACCUUCUUGUUUCCAGCGGUUCAGUUAGGUUCUCCUAUGGAGCCACAGACGAUAGAGCAGCGCUACAUCGAAGCCAUCAACGGCAUUGUUCGCAAAAUCAAAACACGGCCUUCUUUCACCCUCUCUGCUUCCUCCUCUCCCAAAUCUGAAUCGUCACCAGAUGGGUACGGUAACGAGCAGCCUGAGAUGGGUAGUAGCUACCAGUUGAGCCGGCUUUACCCGAUGCAUAGAGUACGGAGCAGUCCUAACAUCUCACAGCAGCAGCAUAACUAUCACCACCACCACCACCACCACAGUGCUUACUUUCAGCAACCUAAUUACUUGACUUGUAGGCUGCGUCCACCACCACCUCCACCGUUGGAUUUCCCUAGAGGCGCGGGCUGGGGGGAUCCACAGGGCGGGGGUAAUGGAAAGUACGGGUGCAGUGAGGAACGUAGGUUCUGGGGGAGAGCAAGCAGUGUUCCUCAGAGUCCUAGGAACCAUGGAUUUCGUCUCUGAUAUUUCUGCUUAACAUUUGCAACCAUCUGUGUAUCUAUGUAUGUAUAUAUAUGGUCUUUUGUUUUGUUGUUUUACAGUUUGCGAUAUCUGAAGUUUACCAAAGGCUGCAAGAGGUUUGGUUUUAUUGUACAUGUUUUGUAAAGCUGAAAAGAAUUUGUGGAUUCUCUUAA